CAAAUUAAACAGGAGAGUGAAUGAAUUAUCUACUCAUGUAUAUAUUUCUUUCUGAUGAAGACUUGCAAAACAACAUUCUGAAAAAAGUUGUCGACACACACACAGAAAACAGUGUGCAGAUGGAUGAACGAGUGUGAUUAUAGCCAGCGAGGAGCAAGGUGCACGGAAGCAAAGGAUCCUGGGAAAGAGGAAGGGGGCGGCUGCAAGGAGGGAAGGGGUGGCCGCAGACGCAGCUGGUUCCUGACAGCGGAAGCCCAGACGAAGGCCCGGGUCCUGUUGGCUGCCAUCGCUGCAGCUACCUCUGCCGCUCGGGCUCCCCAGGGGCUGCAACCAGCAGAAACGCGCACAAACUGUAACAUGCCAAUACACACUUCUUCUUUGAGCUGCAGUGGCAGGCCGGGGCGGGAGGAGGGCUCAGAUGAGAGCACAGCCCCUCAGCCAGAAGCCAUCAGAGAAGCUGACCUGCCACUGACACACACACACACACCCUGCCGAAAGGGAACAAAGAAAGACCGAGAACGUACUAGAUGAACGGGAAACAAGGCAGAGAGGUUCAUGCACACACAAGAACACGUGCGAGCAAAGAAAAAGCACCAGAGGGAUCCAGGAAUAACUACACGGAUCACAGUCUUUGAUUAAGAGGUGAAAGGAGGAAGAGGAAGCAGCCACUGUCUGUUUCUUGUUUUUCUCUGUUUGGAGCUUUAACAACUGCUGCGUCCUUGUCUCUGAGUGGCACAAUGAUCCACAAGGACCUCAAUGGCCAACUGGCUGGAUAUUAUGAGAAACAGAGUGCACAGCCUCAAGGACGUACGGAGAAGAAGGUCAAGCGAGAAAGCCGUGCAGCAUUUUUGAGCUCAUAACAUUCCUUGCGUUCGUUGUCUCUGCCACACUUGGACAGAGUGCGUCAUAAUAACCGCGUUGGCCCUCACCCGGUAAAGACAUUAGACGGUCGGGAUCUACGCCGCGGCGGUGCGAAGAUCCGAACAAUGUCGGCCAAAGUUCAUUCGAAGCGCAAGAAGAAGAUGGACCUGAGAGCCGGGGCUCCCUCUGCUCCAGCGUUCGCUCCACUGGUCCCCACAGUCACACUGAUCAGCCACAGAGAGCCGAGGGAUAAACACGCUGCCGACAGACUCCAGGCUGGAAGCCUGGAUCUAAACCAGGCGACCAGCAGCUACUACAGAUGCAGCGAAGGUAGCAGAGUGCAGAAGGUUGGAACAAUGCCAGAUUCACCUGCGGAUGUGAAAACCCAGCCCAGGUCCACCCCUCCCACCAUGCCUCCUCCACCCCCGGCUGUCAGCCAAGCAACCAAUCGCAAUGCUUCAUUCACACCGGCUACCAGUAAAUCAAUGCUGAACGGGAGCAGCCACUCUCCUACAUCGCUCAACGGUGCCCCGUCCACUCCCAAUGGCUUCAGCAACGGGCCGGCAAUGUCGUCGACGGCCUCGCUUUCCAACCAGCAGCUCCCGCCAGCUUGUGGUGCGCGUCAACUGUGCAAACUGAAGCGCUUCCUGACCACGCUGCAGCAGUUUGGCAACGACAUAUCGCCAGAGAUCGGGGAGAGAGUGCGCAGCCUUGUGCUGGGACUGGUGAAUUCCACUCUCACCAUUGAAGAGUUUCACUCCAAACUCCACGAGGCCACCAACUUCCCGCUGAGGCCGUUCGUCAUUCCCUUCCUCAAGGCGAACCUGCCGCUGCUGCAGAGAGAGUUGCUGCACUGCGCCCGGUUGGCAAAGCAGACUCCAGCUCAGUACCUGGCCCAACACGAGCAGCUCCUCCUGGACGCCAAUGCCAGUUCGCCCCUGGACUCCUCUGAGAUCAUGCUGGAGAUGAAUGAUCACGGCAAGAGAAGGACACCUGACAGGACCAAAGACAGCUCAGAGCACCCGGAUCACAUGGCCAAGAGGCCGUGCACCAUCAGCCCCAGUCAACGCUUCAGUCCCAGCACGGGCCUCCCUGCUCACCCGCCACCCAACGGCCUCCCCACACACCCUCCCAACGGCCUGCCCCACCCACCCAACCCCCAAGUGGGACCUCAACACUAUCGCUUAGAAGACAUGGCCCUGGCCCACCAAUACAGAGACGCUUACAGGCACAAUGAACAACGCGACGCCAGGGACAGGCUGCGGCAGACAGUACAUGGAGCGCGCCAGGAGGAGGUGAUCGACCAUCGCCUUACAGACCGAGAGUGGGCAGAGGAAUGGAAGCACCUAGAUAAUCUCCUCAACUGCAUCAUGGACAUGGUGGAGAAGACGCGCCGCUCUCUGACGGUGCUGCGCCGCUGCCAGGAGGCCGACAGGGAGGAGAUGAAUCACUGGAUUCGCCGCUACAGCGACGUAGAGGAGAUGAAAAAAGGUGGGAGCAACGGACAGCACUGCCUUCCUCCUCCUCUUCCUCCUCCUACUCCUCACCACAACUCCUCCUCCAACACAGCUAGCAGCAGCGAGUCACUGCCCAUAGGAACUUCCUCGGCUGCCGAAAGGCAGACAGGCAGACAGCCAGAGAUCCACAGAGACUUCCUACACAGGCCUCCCUCAGGAUAUCUGCCAGAAGAAAUCUGGAGAAAAGCUGGUACUACGAGCAUCCCGCUCUCCCCGGCACUAAAGCACCUCCAAAACAGGCAGGAGGAGGCAGUUAACGAAGUCAAGCGACAAGCUAUGUCAGAGCUUCAGAAGGCGGUGUCAGACGCUGAGAGGAAAGCCCACGAGAUGAUUUCGGCCGAACGCUCCAAAAUGGAGAGGGCGCUGGCCGAAGCCAAGAGGCAAGCCUCUGAGGACGCACUAACAGUAAUCAACCAGCAGGAGGACUCAAGUGAAUCUCAACAGAGCUGCUGGAAUUGCGGGAGGAAAGCCAGUGAGACGUGCAGCGGCUGCAACACGGCUCGCUACUGCGGCUCCUUCUGCCAACACAAAGACUGGGAGAAGCACCACCACGUCUGUGGUCAAGGUCUGCAGGGGAUGCCAGGGGGCAGCAGCGUCCCCCUAGGCACCCCCUCCUCCACCUCAGCGUCCUCCAGUGCGCCCCCCACCCACUCGGAGAGCACUCCUCCAGGAGCCCUGUCCUUGGCAGGCCAGGUCAGCGUUGCGGGAGGGGCUGGCGGCGGCAGUGGAAGUGUCUCUGCCAGCCCCAAGGAGAGCAGCUCCAGCAGCGUGUCUCGCUCCACGACCCCAGCCACCCCCGCCCUGCUGGACGCCACCUCUCGUUGACGUCGGGCGUUUGUCCCUUCCCCGCGUGCUGAUGCGACGGUGCCCACACCCAAAACCAAACUGAGGAAUCUUCAUUGCACAGUGCUCCCUUUCCUCCUCCCCCAAUCCUGUCCCCUCUCACCCUGAGCUCUCCUGAAGACCUUCUCACUACGUGAUGAUAGACUGACGCAACUGGUCUCCUUCUCCUAAUAUCAUUUUACUGUCAGCCGGGGGGGGGGGUUCAUUGUCGUGGGAAGGAUGGAACGUGUUUCCUAUCUCUGUGUUCAGUCACAGAAACAUAUCACAAACAUGAGUUUCGACUUGAAGAUGUGGCUGUGAUGUAUCCUCAGUAAUUUAAGCACGUCACACAUACUGUCUGCAUGAGGACACAAGACGGGGGCUGUGGUGGGCAGCGGUGAUGGGGAGGAGGACUAGGCUGAUUAGCACUUGUAUUGGAUUUCCCUUUAAUUUAUCACCAAUAAGAGUGCAGUACUCAGACCUUGACGUGCACUACCCGUGCACACAGUUCACUGAUGUGGCACUUAUUGUACAGCCUCUCAAUGGAGACAGGCGAGGACAAAAUACCUUUUUUCAAAUGGAUGAGGGAACGGGGGAAACCUGUGAUGCGAUUAAUUCCUCAGAAACACAGCUUAGUAUUUAUUAAAUGUUUCUUUCUGGCUUUAAGGGAAAAUAAAGAUUAGUCCAAAUAUUCUAAACAAGGAAUAGAAGUGAUGCCGAUGAUGAUAAUAACAAAAAUAGUGAGAUAUGAAAAUGAAUUCAUUUUAAACUGCUAACUACCUUGCUAGCGAGCCAAGAAAAUCUACACCGGACUCACCUCUCUGCACCAUUGUGAACCCAAAUGAAUUCAAAGAUGAAUGACAAACAACAUGAUCCAAACCUUUGUAUUACACUGCCAAAGUGAGUAAGUAAGCGAUAAGGAGAAGCACUCAUCCUAUAACCAAACGCAAAGCAACAUCACCUCCUCAGCAGAUAAGCCAACUCUGAGAAGACCAGGCUGCAGAACGGGAACCAGAGACAGUCAGACGCUUAAAAAGCAACCCGUGACCUGCUCUGAUUCUGCCUCGUUUGGACAAAACUACAGCGAUUCCUCCGUGAUGGCCCAGACUAGUGAACAAGGACAAUGCUGUGAACUUGCCUGCAAGAAAGACGGAAACCCUGCCACAGUGUGAUUUUUCUUUUGUGAAUGGUACCAGAGAGGAAAAGAGGAACGUAAAAGCUGCACAGCCUCAAAGGAGAUACAUACAUGGCAAAGGAGCUGCCAAAAACCUCAAAACAAGCUUGAAAACAACGUCUGAGAAGGCGUUGCAUACAAGGACUUAUAAGAAGAUCGUUUGUAAGUCUUUUUUUUUCCUCUUUUUUUUUUAAAGCUCCACAACAAGGACAUAAUUCAAGGAACUGGUGUUACCUUUACAUUCACUCCCUCCUUUUCCAAAGCAUGACAAACAGAUAAAAAAAGAGCCUGGUGAAGGGCGGUGUAGACGUGGUUCUCCUCUCUCUUUCUACCUCCCCUCACCCCACACCUCCCUUCUUUACUGCUCCCACCCAACGACUUGGCUGAAGUCCGCCCCUGACCCCCCCCCCCCCCCAACCUGCCUCGGACAGAGCCGCGGAGCAGUUUUCUGGGAAGGGUUCGGAAACCUGCUUGUAGAUAUUGUUCCUCUUUCAAAUUUCAAUAAUGUCUCUCGCCGCUGACGUCCACAUGUGCUGCCCUUGUGUAUAUUCAGAAAGAUGGACUUUAGUUUGCUUCCGUUUCGUUUCUUUUUCCUCACAUAUGUUACGGGCUGAGCAGUGAGGUCAAACCCAGAAGGACACUCGCCUGUGAGAGGAAGCCCAGCGUUGUACUUAUUGUUUCAUUUGUUGUAUCUAUAUUGAUGAGAUGAAACCCCUCUUGUAGAAUAUUUUGUAUUGCUCGCAUUGUAAGACAGUGAGAGGACAGAGGUGCAAUAUGAAGAGAAUUCAGCUACUGAAUGGAACCUCAGCAACUGCCCAUGGCGUAUCAUAUAAUAUAGAUACAUAUAAAUAUAUUUAAAGUAACAUCAGUAACUUAAUGUGAAUGUACAUAGUAUUUAAAGAGGUCCAAAAAUGUGUUUGCCAAAUAACAGAAACCUUUAAAGUAAAAUUCUUUCACAGUACAUUUAUUUCUUACAUUUUUCAAUCUUUUCUUUUCUCCCCCACAAGUUCAUCAAUUUAAAUUUUUACUCAAAGCAAUGCGUCCCUGAGCGUAGCAGAGGUGGCUUCAUACCGUGCAAGUUGCUGUGAAGAAAACAGAUCGAAGGUGGAUGGACGCUGCAUGAUUCAUUCAUUAUUAAUUCAUUCAUUUAGCCUCCAUUUACAAUAUUUAAAAAAACACAUUCUACAUUCAACAACAAAUCAUGAUUAUGUUUCGCUCUAUCUUCCUAAUUUAUAUUUAACGGUGCAACUGAAACUCAAAGGUGUAUCAUGUGCUUCAUUCACCCCCAAUCUGUUUUCAUCCUGCAGCAAGGGACUCAACAGAUUGUGUAACAACAAAAGAAAUCCCAAAUAUAUUCAAAUGUUUGAUCAGAAAAAGAGAAGAGGAAAUGGUCAUGGCUCGGGUUUCAAAUUGAUCUGAUUCAUGUCUAUAACAUAUCUAAGAAUUGUCAAACUUGAUGCAUCAUUUCAAUUGUUCUGUUUCUGCCACUGAAGAAACCCCCUCGUUUGGUCCUCAUCAACCUGUGUGUGUGUGUGUGUGUGUGUGUGUGUGUGUGUGUGUGUGUGUGUGUGUGUGUGUGUGUGUGUGUGUCUGUGUCUGUGUGUGUGUGUGUGUGUGUGUGUGUGUGUGUGUGAUUAGUAACUGUCUCCCCGUGGUACAGGCCAAGCUAUUCCUGUACGAUUCAGUGACAUGCCAGUGUUAAGCUGAAGUAAACCUAAAAGCUCAUUUUGAUACCCAAUCUUUGCAACGUUGCUUUUGAACAGAUUACUGUUUGUUUGCAAAGAUGUAGGUUGAGUGUAAGCUAAAGAUCUCCACAGUCUUCAGGCCUUUACUCAAAGCAACAAAGGGCCUGUAGCAGCCGCGCUCACAAACAUUUAAAUGUCGAUCAUUGUAAAUGUGACACAGUUGGCCUCAUACACACAACAUAGAUCAAAUGAAACAUUUUCAUCACCAGAUGCAUCAAGUGAUCAUGUUUUUUGGACUAUUUGAGACACAUAAUUCAAACGGGAUAAGCUCCGAGGUACCCCUGUGACGUUUAUGUAUGUAUGUUAUGAUCAUUGUGAUAUGGUGUUGACCUCUGCCCCCCCCCAAUGUCUAGCUCCUCCAUUACUACCCCAGACCAUCGUUCCCCUUAGCUACCUCCUGUGACCAUACAGCUAAUCACCAGGAGGGGUUGACCUGGACUUUCAAACGCUAGCAGACAUGGUGGCGCACAUUCAAACUUUUAAUUGCAUGAUUGUGUCUGAAAAUGAUAAUAACUAAAUUGUUGAAAGGAAUUGCCAUUGCUCAUGAUGUUGGAAAGUGUCCAUUCACACCAGACCUCAGCUGCUUGAUCACAUCCCACUAACCAAACUGAUACCGCCGGAACUUCAUAGCAGGUAAACAAACUUCAGAGUCAAACUUGCAUACUACCAAACUCGACACAGAAUCAACCAUGGCAUGCCGAAACCAAUAAAAGCACAGACCAAAGUACUGCCAUAAUAGGCUUUGACACUGUGUGUAUUGACAGACGAGAAAUAAUAAGGUUAUAGCUUCAAUACACCAGUUAACCAAAGUGUCUAAAAUACACACAAUCAGGGCACAGGAGUGAAGAGCAUGUUUAAUGUACUUGCUGAGUCUUCUCGAAUAUGUAGAAUUUUCAUUCAAGCAAUCAAAGCGCUUGUUGUCUACAUAUUGAAUACUGCUUCUGUAAAGAUAAUAGAAGCACCGUCGUUACAAAAGACUACUGAUUGCCUGUUCUUACAGUUACAAAGCCUUGCAGAGUAAAAAAAAUAAAAAUGAAUGCAUGGUGGGUGGGUGUUUUUGUGCGUGUUACUGGUGGUGUGUGUGCUUUUGUUUAAAAAAAAGAACAAAAAUUGAAAAAAAAUCGUACCUUUUUCUUCUUGUCUCUGUACAAACUACUUGAAACUUUCAGAGCUUUAAUGAAACAUCCCAGACAGACUGUAAUGGCAGGUUGAUUCACGGUAUGUAGCAACAGCUUUAUGCAGAAAAAUACCACAUUUGCGCACACUAUCCGCAUCAAACAACAUCAUGAUGACAGUUCCAUUCAACUCUUUAAUGCUUUGCGUGUGUUUCCUUGUCUGCAAGUAAGCCCUCAGAUAAACUAUAACAAAGCCAAACCCAUUAGACCACUUAGAAAUUACCAAAAUACAACCAAAAGCCACAACUUUCUUUUCAGAUUUCUCUUUGGUUAAGGUUUUUGUGCCAUGUCCUGCCAUCGCAGAAACAUUGGACAACAAUGGUGGGAUGUGUGGGACAGAUCCAGUGCUCCCCCACUGAAAUUCUCCCUCCUGAUUUCAUUGGACGGGACACAAAAUACCAUGUCCCGUUACGCUGGGUGCGAGCUUCAAUAAGUCCCGAAAAACAAAUGUUGUUUGUCCCCAGCUGUCACGAUACACUUGUCUCUUUGAAGAUAUCCGAUGGCAAACGCAUAAGGGCUCUGCUUUUUGUGAAUAUCAUCCACGGUGUCUCUGAACACUUUACAUCAGCCAUUUUUCUGUUUUGUUUAACUAUGUACAUGAUAUGGGCAAGACGCAUGUUUAGAAAAGGCAAAUAUUAGCAGGAUGGCGUUUGUCUCUCCCUUACCCCGACCAGUAACUCUACCAAGGAAAUGUCAAGGCUCAUCCGAUGUGGCGGAGACACGUCCUUCCUGUCAAACAGGCAGUGAUAAACAGCUACAGCAGGAAGCUACAGUGGAUACAGCACUUGUUUUCCCCAAAGCCAUGGCUCAGGAUGGCCUGUUUUUACCUUUACAUACAUUUAAAAAAAAGGGUUAUGUUUUUUGUAUGAGUAGGGAAGCAUUCUAUACUGUAUUGUGCAAUACAUUAUUACAGAAAAACAUGUUUCUUUUGGAAAGGUUGGAGCUUUGAAGAUCUUUUCCCCUUUUGUUUUAUUUCCCUCUCCAAGAAGGUCCCGUUGCCGUUUUUAGAUGAAGUUAACUGUGCCAGAAGAAUUAAAUUCUGAUUUGUAUUUAUUUCUUGCAUGCUUUCCUCCCUGUUGCUAAUACCGCUCUUUAACUGUUCGCUCUGUUGGAUGUGUGAAGCUGUAAAACAUUCUAAUUCAGGUUAUUGUCUGUGUUGAACAAUGUAACUGUGUAAUUAAAACAUGAAAUGAAGUAUUCAUCA